UGCAGUACUAGCUAGUACUCGUGCCCGACCUCAUAACCCGAAAUAUCCAGAAGUGCGAACAAGACAAGCCAUGAUCUGUGGACCUACCUCAGUGAAAGCUCAUCGGUUUUGACAAUCAAGGUCUCAAAAAACGCUCAGUCGUCAAGUACAACCAGGAAGAAACAAUGAAGCAGCAGGUCCAAGAAAUCCUCCCAUUGCUGGUGCUGUUCUCUCUACCUGCAUCGCUGCUGAUUUCUGGAAGUGAGAGCAGUGAAAUGGAAGAUGCGAAUGUCUUGAUCCCUUUCAAGGCAACUUUGGCUUUCCUUCUGGUGGGUGCGUUUGCCAAAGAGUACACGGAGUGCCUUCCAAUUCGAAUGGUGGCCUCGUUGUCUGUUCCAAUCCACGUUGUCGCUGGCACGUUCACCUCCAUGUGGAUGGCAGAAAAGGCAAACAUCUCGUGGACGACUUCCUUGCUUUGGGCUCCCCUUCUUGUGUUGGGCUUGGUUCUCUUGGUGCUGACCAACGCUUCGUUCGUCACCAAAGGCGACGGCACCCUAAGUCCUUUGGAUCCACCCAUGAAGCUGGUGAUUGAGGGACCAUAUCGCCAUGUGCGAAACCCCAUGAUCUCAGGGAUUGUUUUCAUCAUGGCUGCCAUCACUUUGGCUGCCGGCGUGCCGGCCCGAAUGCUCAUAUUCACCCUUUGGUUUUUUCUCGCACACACAUUGUACAUCGUGUUCGAAGAGGAGCCCAAACUCCGAGAACGCUUUGGAGCUGACUACGAUGCCUACGUCCAGAAAGUCAACCGCUGGGUUCCUACUUUUACGAGCAUUGGAGUCGGCCGUGCCUGAGCGGAGUUUUCUGCUCGAUUGCCUCAUUCCGCCAUGAGUAUGUUCCUUGCUGUAGUGUAACCUAAUGAAUCGUGUUCAUUC